AUGUCGCUGCCAGACUACAUCGAAGUCCCGCCCUACGCGACGCUCCUGCCGUCUGCGCCCUCACCAAAGGCUACCCCAAAGACGGAGAAGAAGGCACCGCCGACGCUCCAAUCCACGACCGUGACGUCCUCCUUCCCGCCGACCUCCCCGACGUCCGAAUCGCCCCCGACGUCGCCCACAUCCGGCUUCUCCCCCGGCCGCUCCGUAUUCUCAAAUGUCCCCGGCGUCCUUCUCAACUCGGCGCUGCAGAUACCCGCCGGCGUGCAGCUGCCGGCCAAUCCGAAGGGCAGCGUGUCGCUGUUGAGCACGCGCGAUCCGUUGAGCGUGCCGAUCACCACGACCAACUUUAGGCGGUUUAUAUCGAAGGUUGGGCCGGUCUUUUGGAUCCAGGAUCGGGUCGAGGAGAUCGUGUUCUGGAGGAAGGGCACAAAGUUCACGGCGACGUUCAUGGUCAUCUAUGCUUUCCUCUGCUACUACCCGCGCCUACUACUACUGCUCCCAAAUGCCGUCCUGAUAGCGACACUAGCAGCGACCUACCCCUCCGGGGACGACCGAUCACCAGACGGGCUCGCUCCACCGCCCAAAGCCAACGCGCGCGAAGGCUCGGCCGAAUGGCUGGCCAACAUCCAAGGCAUCCAGAACCUGAUGGGCGCCUUUGCCGACCUCUACGACGCCGUCUUCCCCUACGUCCCGCACCUCACCCACUCGACGCCCUACACGCCACACAUCCUUACCUUCGUUCUCAUCCUCACACUUGCCACUCUCCCACUGCUGCCGCUGAUCCCGCUCCGCCCGUUUUUUCUUGUCAUCGGUCUGGCGCCCUUUGCGCUCACGCAUCCGUUGACAAUUCACGCUCUCCCACAUCUCAUUCGCGCGUCCGCGCCCUUCCUUCGCCGUCUUCGCGCAAGAAUCGACAGGAUAGUCGACGACGACAAGCUCGACGACACAAUCUGGACCGCACCGCUCAGAGAAGUUGAGCUAUUCGAGAACGAGCGGUUAGGCGGUGAUCCCCCUAGCUGGGCGAAGAGUAAUCUCAAGCAGGGAGAGCGUGUGGCGUGGACGAGAGGAAGGGAUGGAUGGAGCGCGUUGAAUGGCGGGGAUGUGCGUAGCAAUUUGACGUUCGAGCUUGACCCUGGUUGGGCAUUUGUUGAGACGGAAGAUUGGAGGGCAGAUACCGAGGGCGGAUGGAGUGGCGUGGGCGCCGAUGACCAUGGGUGGGUGUAUACGAACGAUGUAUGGCUUGAGCCGCAUGUCGAGCAGCCGGAUAUGGGCGGCGUGAGCAAGGGCGCGACGAGGAGACGGAGGUGGACGAGGCGUAUAUACAUGACUUCGAAGACUGUAUAG